CCUGCUCUCCGGGACACUAGCCCCUCUCGCCAUCUCCCUCCUCCCAGGACCCGGCGGCCCGGAGCGCCUGGGCUCGUGCUGGCGCUUGCCCGCUGCCGGGCCGGAUGCCAGGGCUGACAGAGCUCCGCGCAGGCGGGCGGGGCGUGCAGGAAGCGUUGCGCCGCGCCGGGGCCUCUGGGAGCAAGCGGGAGACUCCGGCGGCGAUCGGCUCCCGGGCCCGGGCAGCGGCGCGGAACAGGAUAGAAGGUGGUGUGCUCAGUCCCCAGGCCCUGACCUUCUCUCCUGCCAUGAGGUGGGGCUGCCAUUUGCCCAGGGCCUCUUGGGGCCCUGGUCUGGGAAGAGUACUCCAGCCAGCAGAUGAACGUAUCCCCUUCCUGAUCCACUGGAGUUGGCCCCUUAAAGGGGAGCGCCCCCUUGGGCCCCCUAGGGCCUUUAUACGCCAUCAUGGAAGCUCAGCGGGCAGUGGUCCCCCAUCAGGGAGGCACGGACAGUUGUUCCAGGGCAUCGCUGCAGCUGAAGCUAUCCAGCGGCACCGCCAGAACCUGGCCGAGUGGUUCAGCCGGCUGCCCAGGGAAGAGCGCCAGUUCGGCCCAACCUUUGCACUAGACACGGUGCAUGUAGACCCUGUGAUCCGCGAGAGCAGCCCUGAUGAGCUGCUUCGCCCACUGGCUGAGCUGGCCCUGGAGCAUCAGCCGCCCUCUGCUGGACUCCCUCCACUGGCCCUGUCUCAGCUCUUUGACCCAGAUGCCAGUGGGCGCCGGGUGCAGACGGUGGUGCUCUACGGGACAGUGGGCACAGGCAAGAGCACGCUGGUGUGCAAGAUGGUCCUGGACUGGUGUCACGGGCGGCUGCCAGCCUUCAAGCUGCUCAUCCCCUUCUCCUGCGAGGACCUGUCAUCCCUGGGCCCUGCGCCGGCCUCCUUGUGCCAACUUGUGGCCCAGCGCUACACAACCCUGAAGGAGACUCUGCCUCUGAUGGCCGCUGCCGGUUCCCGCCUGCUCUUUGUGUUCCACGGCUUGGAGCACCUCAACCUUGAUUUCCGGUUGGCGGGCACAGGGCUUUGCAGUGACCCGGAGGAGUCAGAGGCGCCAGCUGCCAUCAUCGUCAACCUGCUACGCAAAUACAUGUUGCCCGAGGCCAGCAUUCUGGUGACCACCCGGCCCUCUGCCAUCGGCCGCAUCCCCAGCAAGUAUGUGGGCCGCUAUGGCAAGAUCUGUGGCUUCUCUGAUACCAACCUACAGAAGCUCUACUUCCAGCUCCGCCUCAACCAGCCAGACUGCAGGCACGGAGCUGGGGGAGUCUCAGCCACGCCGGCUCAGCGUGACCACCUGGUGCAGAUGCUCUCCCGGAACCUGGAGGGGCACCACCAGAUCACCGCUGCCUGCUUCCUGCCCUCGUAUUGCUGGCUUGUCUGUGCCACCCUGCACUUCCUGCACGCUCCCACACCAGCCGGCCAGACCCUCACGAGCAUCUACACCAGCUUCCUGCAUCUAAACUUCAGUGGGGAGAUGCUGGACAGCACUGACCCCUCCAAGUUGUCCCUGAUGGCCUAUGCAGCCCGAACCAUGGGCAAGCUGGCCUACGAGGGGGUGUCCUCCCGCAAGACGUACUUCUCUGAAGAGGAUGUCCGUGGCUGCCUGGAAGCUGGCAUCCAGACGGAAGAGGAGUUUCAGCUGCUGCAUGUGUUCCGCCGGGAUGCCCUGAGGUUUUUUCUGGCCCCAUGCGUGGAGCCAGGGCACCUGGGUACCUUCGUGUUCACUGUGCCCGCCAUGCAGGAAUACCUGGCUGCCCUCUACAUUGUGCUGGGUUUGCGGAAGACGACUCUGCAGCGAGUGAGCAAGGAAGUGGCCGAGCUCGUGGGCCGUGUCGGGGAGGACAUCAGCCUAGUCCUGGGCAUCAUGGCCAAACUGCUGCCCCUGCGGGCCCUGCCCCUGCUCUUCAACCUGCUCAAGGUGGUUCCACGUGUGUUCUGGCGUGUGGUAGGUAAGAGCCGCGAGGCAGUGGCCCAGGCCAUGGUGCUGGAGAUGUUCCGAGAGGAGGACUACUACAACGACGACGUCCUGGACCAGAUGGGUGCCAGUAUCCUGGGUGUGGAGGGCCCGCGGUGCCACCUGGACGAGCCCACAGAGGAUGAGGUCUUUGAGCUUUUCCCCAUGUUCAUGGGCGGCCUUCUCUCUGCCCAUAACCGGGUAGUGCUGGCUCAGCUCGGCUGCCCCAUCAAGACCCUGGAUGCCCUGGAGAAUGCCCAGGCCAUCAAGAGGAAGCUGGGCAAGCUGGGCCGGCAGGUGCUGCCCCCCUCGGAGCUCCUUGACCACCUCUUCUUCCACUAUGAGUUCCAGAAUCAGCGCUUCUCCGCCGAGGUGCUCGGCUCCCUGCGCCAGCUCAACCUGGCGGGCGUGCGCAUGACGCCCCUCAAGUGCACGGUGGUGGCAGCUGUACUGGGCAGUGGAAGGCAUGCCCUGGACGAGGUGAACUUGGCCUCCUGCCAACUGGACCCUGCCGGGCUGCGCACGCUCAGGCCUGUCUUCCUGCGUGCCCAGAAGCUGGGCUUGCAACUCAACAGCCUGGGCCCCGAGGCCUGCAGGGACCUCCGAGACCUGCUGCUGCAUGACCAGUGCCAAGUUACCACCCUGCGGCUGUCCAACAACCCGCUGACGGCAGCGGGUGUGGCCCUGCUGGUGGAGGGGCUGGCGGGAAACACCUCGCUGAAACACCUGUCUCUGCUGCACACGGGCCUUGGGGACGAGGGCCUGGAGCUGCUGGCUGCCCAGCUAGACCGUAACCAUCAGCUACAGGAGCUGAAUGUGGCCUACAACGGCGCUGGCGACACAGCGGCCCUGGCCUUAGCCAAGGCUGCCCGGGAGCACCCUUCCCUGGAGCUGCUGCACCUCUACUUCAACGAGCUGAGCUCAGAGUGCCGCCAGGCCCUGCGGGACUUGGGGAGCACCACUGAGGGCAGUGCCCAGGUCGUGGUGUCACUGACAGAGGGGACAGCAGUGUCUGAGUACUGGUCAGUGAUCCUGGGUGAAGUCCAGCGGAACCUCAACAGCUGGGAUCGGGGCCGGGUCCGGCGCCACCUGGAGCUUCUGCUGCGGGAUCUGGAAGAUAACCGAGGAGGCACCCUUAAUCCUUGGCGCAAAGCCCAGCUGCUUCGAGUGGAGGGCGAGGUCAGGGCCCUCCUGGAGCAGCUGGGAGGCCCUGGAAGCUGAGACAGUAGCAGCAGUGUGUGUCCCCUGGCCCCAAGCCGCUUCUGUCUGUGGCCUCCUAGCUUGCACUACCACUUCCAGAAAGAUCCCUUCAGGGCUGGAGGCAAAGGAAUGGGCACAGCUGUGCCAGUUGCUCUCCUGGGGCAUGUCCAACCAGUGCUUCCAAGUCUGGAGUUUUCAGGGUCACGGAACAUGCUUCCCCUCCCUUCGGCUAGAAGGACUGAAAGAUGUGGCGUUUUGGUGGCCACAUUGUCCUGUAGCACCACCACCAAUCUCCUCUUGGAUUGUGCCACCAGGGGGCACACUUCUUUCGUCGGCCUUGCCAGGGGCUUUGCCAUCCAGAUGUGUUGGAGGGCCUCCGCGUCCUGCCUUUAUGCUUUCUUGGGACCCCCUGGGACCCCCAGGAUGCCAGCAGCCACUUUCCUCUCUCACUGGUGCUGUGUCCUCACCCUUGUUUCCCCUUCACCACAAUGGUACCCAACCUUGGUGGCCCCGAGGGGCAUGGGUGCUGACUUGCUGCUAUUAAAGAGCUGUGUCUUCCAACUA